AUGGGGUCGCCGUUUGAUUUUAAAGAUAGUAAGGGUUGGUUAGAUGUAUUCAAAAAAAGACAUAAUAUAGCUUUAGUGAAAGUGUAUGGGGAAAGUGCAAGUGCUGAUGAAGAUUCCGCGAUAACAUUUUGUAAUAAUUUUACAAAAUUACUGGAGGAAGAUGAUAGUAUAAAUAUAGAUAAUAUCUAUAACAUGGAUGAAGCUGGUCUUUUAUGGAAAGCCUUACCAUCAAAGACCUUGAUAGAAAGAAAAGACAAGGUCGUAAAGGGGUAUAAAAGCCGCAAGGAGCGAAUUACAGUAGCGCUAUGUGCAAAUGCAUCUGGGACGCACAAGUUGAUGCCCCUAGUUAUUAAUAAAUUUGAAAAUCCUAGAGCUCUGAAGCAUUGUAAAAGUAAUCUUCCCGUCAUCUUCAAAUCUCAAAAGAAUGCGUGGAUGACACAAACAUUGUUUCGUGAUUGGUUUGAAAAUUAUUUUAAGCCCAGUGUACGGACAUACCAGCUAAACAAAAGAGUAACUGGAAAAGUUAUUUUGUUAUUGGAUAAUUGCGCAGGACAUACAGUGCCGCCUGAAUUAUUGGAUGCAGAUAAUUUCAAAAUUAUGUAUCUCCCGCCAAAUACCACCAGCUUAAUUCAACCCAUGGACCAGGGUAUAAUAGCUAAACUGAAAUGUCUGUAUCGCCAUAAAACAUUAAGGAAAACUAUUACUUACCAAUGCGGAAUAAGUGAAUUUCAGAAGCAGUUUACAUUAAAAGAUUGCAUAGAAAUACUGCACGAGUCAUGGAGCGAAAUAUCUGCGAAUAAUAGUAUUAAUUCAUGGAAGAAAAUUAUUCCGAGUCAGGCGGAUUGGUAUCAUCGUGUUAUGAGGGAGGACAUAACCAGCUUUACAGGUGAUACAUACAGCCAACGAGAUAUUGCAGACUUUCUGUCCAAUUGUGAACAAGAAGAAAGAAGAACACACACAGUCGAGGAAGAUGAAGAGAUGCAAGAAAAUGAAGAGAUGCAAGAAGAUGAAGAGAUACAAGAAAACGCAGAAGAAGUGAAUAAACAAGAAGAGCGGCAACGUUUAUAUGAGCGUUUGGAGCUGGAUUUAACACAAGAAGCGCCUUUUAUUUAA